UUGGGUUCUUUAGUCGAAGAAGCUCAACAUAACAAACUACUGAAGAUGGCUUGGGAUGGUGGAGGACAUGAUGCCAAUGGCACAGAAGGCAAGAACUUCUACAUCCCUAUGUCCAACAGGACUGGGGUUGUUAGAAGUCCUUUUGAAUACAACCAGUAUUAUAUGGUAGAUCCAAUGACCUACAAGCUGCUAGCUUUCUACAUGUUCUUCCUGAUCUGCACUGGAACUCCCAUCAACGGUCUGACAUUGUUGGUAACGGCUCAGAACAAGAAGCUCCGGCAACCUCUCAACUACAUCCUGGUCAACCUGGCUGUGGCUGGACUGAUCAUGUGCGCCUUCGGUUUCACCAUCACCAUCACAUCUGCUCUUAAUGGCUACUUCAUUCUUGGAGCCACUGCCUGCGCUGUUGAGGGAUUCAUGGCCACACUUGGAGGUGAAGUUGCUCUCUGGUCACUGGUCGUCCUGGCUGUUGAGAGAUACAUCGUCGUCUGCAAACCCAUGGGAAGCUUCAGGUUCACUGGAACUCAUGCUGCAGCUGGAGUUGUUUUCACCUGGAUCAUGGCCUUCUCCUGCGCUGGACCCCCACUGUUUGGCUGGUCUAGGUACCUUCCUGAGGGCAUGCAGUGCUCCUGUGGACCCGACUACUACACUCUGGCUCCAGGCUUCAACAAUGAGUCAUAUGUCAUCUACAUGUUUGUUGUCCACUUCUUCAUUCCCGUCUUCCUCAUUUUCUUCACUUAUGGAAGUCUUGUACUGACCGUCAAAGCUGCCGCAGCCCAGCAGCAGGAGUCAGAGUCCACACAGAAGGCAGAGAGGGAAGUGACACGUAUGUGCGUCUUGAUGGUCUUUGGCUUCCUGGUAGCUUGGGUACCAUAUGCCACUUUUGCCGGUUGGAUCUUCAUGAACAAGGGAGCUUACUUCUCCGCCAUGACUGCAGCUCUCCCCGCCUUCUUUGCAAAGAGCUCUGCUCUGUAUAACCCUAUUAUCUAUGUGCUGUUUAACAAACAGUUCCGUAACUGCAUGCUGAGCACUGUUGGAAUGGGCGGCAUGGUGGAUGAUGAGUCCUCAGUUUCUGCCAGCAAGACAGAAGUGUCCUCUGUGUCUUAAAUAUAGAGACAUUUUCUUAUACCUGGACAUUUUCCUUUCUACUGUCUCUUUGAUCUGGAAUAAUCCUCGAUGUGGACCAAAUGGAGUUCAGGGACCUCUGAACUACUUGACCAGUGAUGAACAGCUCCAUGAAAAAACUCAUGAACUGCAUUUUCUCAUCUUUUUUGUAAGGAUGUUGGAAAAUGUUAGUCAUGUCGACGUGAAUUGGAAAUCAUUACAAGUAAUCGUAAGAUCUGUGAACACAUGUAUGUGGGUGCUCACUUUGACUCCUCCUGCUUAGUUGCCAAAGAAAUGUUCCAGCUGUUUGGCAUCAUUCAAUACACACAACAUCCUUAAAGAGAAUAUGAUUUGAAUGCCACAAUAUAUAUUUAUAUGGGUUACAUUUUUUGUUGUUGCAUCAAAGAGGAACUCAUUUUCUACUGCGUUUUCAAAAUGGGCAACUGCAUACAAUGUGAAACUCCAUUUUUGUCACUUGCUGAGUUGGUCAUCAUGAAUUGUAAACAUUGUAUAUAAAUAUUUAAAAAGAAAUC